AUGGCCUCUACACAUCGAAUUGCCGUUAUUCAAUGGCAGAUCAAGGAGCUUGAAAUUGAUUACAAUCAUACGACGGCAUGCGAUUACAUCCGUGAGGCUGCUACCCAAGGCGCUGAGCUAGCCGUUCUUCCAGAAUACCAUCUCAGCGGCAUGGUCCCUACAGACCCCCUCUGGGCGAUCCAAGCCGGCGAAUCCGCCCAGUACCUAGCAAACUACCAAAGCUUGGCCAAGGAACUGCAGAUCUGCAUCGUACCGGGUACAAUCAUCGAAAAGGAUAUAGGGCCCGAUCAAUCAGACCUGUUCUACAAUACAGCCUACUUCAUUUCAAACGAUGGCACUGUUCUCGGCUCCUACCGUAAAAAGAACAUCUGGCACCCGGAACGACCCCACCUCACCUCAUCAGGCCCAGAGCUUCAUGUGGCGAUUGACACCCCGAUCGGCCGUGUAGGGAUGUUGGUCUGCUGGGACCUGGCAUUCCCUGAGGCAUUCCGGGAAUUGAUCAUCGACGGGGCGCAGAUUGUGAUUGUGCCUACAUACUGGACACCCCACGACGCCUCCCCCGAAGCCCGCGCGUAUAACCCAGAUUCUGAAGGCUUGUUCCUCGACUCGACCAUUACAUCCCGCUGCUUUGAAAAUACCUGUGGCAUUGUCUUUGUCAAUGCUGCCGGGCCGCCGGAGGAUUUCUUGGGCCUGUCACAGAUUACACUCCCUCUUGUGGGGCCGAUUGCUAAGAUGGGGAACGAGGAGGGACUCAUGGUUGCCGAUUUGGAUAUGGAAGUUAUUGAGACGGCGGAGAGGAAUUAUAAGGUGCGACAGGACUUGAACAAGGAGGAUUGGCACUAUGUUUAUAGACAUACCGGGCGGAAGUAG